AUGCUAAUCAGUGAUCAUACCCUAAUAUUCGUCUUCCCGUUGUUGUUUCUCGUUUGUAACAAUCGUUGCAAUUUUUAUACCACCGCAAUACCACAACGUGCUAACGAGCCCUGGUCAGUGAUUUUAUGCAAAUUUGCUGAUACAGCCAAAUAUGAGCCACAAACACGUGAAUGGUAUCAGAAAUGGAUGACUGGUUCUAGUGCAGAUACAAUUGAAAAGUACUUCAUGAAUGUGUCAAAUGGAAUUUAUACCAUAACAAAUACAAAGGUGUUGGGAUGGCUGACACUUCCGUGGACAGUAAAACAAGUGAAAUUAAUGGCUUUAAUGGAUAAAGCCCUUUGGAAUAAUGACAAUUUCAGUUCAUCUUUUUUUGUUAAAGCCAAGCAACUGUGUAUUAAAUUGGCUGCAGAAAGGAUUAAUCUAAAUAAAAGAAAGAUAACAAUACUUAACACGGAGCAUGGAGCGAUGUACGGCAAGAACGAUGGUGUCCUAAUCACUCCGCGAUUAUCAUUCAACUCAGUCCUUACUCACGAAAUGGUGCACAGUUUUAAUAUCGGACAUUCUUAUAGCGAUCGUCAAAUUACGAUCUUUCCGUUCGCACGUAUGGGUGAAUAUGGUGAUCGUUAUGAUUUAAUGAGUACAGCGAAUGCAUGGAUGUAUAUGUCACAAUAUGGCCUUAGUGGGCCAGGUUUAAAUGGACCACAUCUUGAUUAUCUUGGUUGGCUGCCCAGUAAUCGGAUCUUUUAUUUUGGAAGAGAUGGCAGAAGUAGCUCAAUUAUACGGUUGUCCUCAUUAAGUAUCUCCCAUGCAUCGUCCAAUGAUUGGCUUCUGAUAAUGGUGCCAUUUGACAAAAACGAUUCUGCAAAUGUCUUCACCUUGGAAUUUCGUACACCAGUUAAUUAUGAUUCUGGUAUCACGCAGGAAGCCGUUGUAAUACAUAAAGUUAAUCGAAAAGGAGCAAAUUACUAUUCAACCAUAAUUACGCACAGCAAAGAUUAUGAUGAGAUGAUAGUCGGCACCGAAUGGAUACAUUUCCUUGAACAAGACGAUCCUGAAAUAUCGUGUAAAGACAUAAGAACAGAAAAUUCAACAAAUGGUACAAAUGAAAUGAAUUAUAAUCAUACUUUGAAUGGAACACAAUUGAAACAAUCUGCUAAAAUUUUACAAUGUGCACAAAAUGAAUUUUUCAAAAAUUUGGCAACUUUUGGCAUGAAUGCUUGUCAUAACGGAUACGUUUGGAGAAUGAUUGACCCUUAUGAUUAUGCAUGUGUUACAAAAAAAAGGCAGCAGGAAAUUCAAAAUCAAAGAAAUGUCAGAAAUCGUCGUGGUAUCUGUCACAAGCCAUUAAUGCUACGAAAAGCUUUCCCCAAUGAUAAUGCCUGUGUAACACGGGAAGAAUUCGCGAUAACGCAACAGGAAAAUACAGAAUCAUAUAAAAAUAUGAAAUACUAUUCAUUUUUCAAUGGUGAAGAAAUCAUCCAACUGUGA